AUGUUGGCUCUUCACAGGGAACGUGAAGCUAUGCUAAAACGUGAAAAGACAUGGAUCAAGGCAUUGAUGGAAAACAUCUCCGUUUCCCCCGAUCCAUCGACACAGCCAAACACUGUCGAAGCAUUCCUUUCGAUAUAUCGCUUGGCUGAAAAAAAGUACUUUUGUUGGAGCGACCGUCACUUGGAAAACAAUCACAGAGGGACCAACGUACUUCCAUUGCAUGUCUGCUGGCAGUGCAUUGCUUGGGUGGCUUUCACGACCUAA